AAGCCCAUAUCUCACAAAUAGUUCGCGCGGGGUAGAUGUGGAAAUUGUCGUGACGCGAUUUACAAGGGCCGGAGCUCUGGCAGAUGCGACACUAACUUUGCCAUCGCUAAAGAAUACAAUCUUUAAAAUAGAGACAGCAACCACUUCCUAUCACAACAUUCUGCCUGUUUACGGCUCGCAGCUUCAGCACUAUUCUAGGAAACACGUUUAAAGUAGACGCGCAUAAUGGGUUUGAACACAAAUAACUCAGAUACUAAACCUCUAGAACUCACCGUGCUAGGCAUGAACUCAGGCACUUCGAUGGACGCCAUUGACUGUGCUCUGUGCCAUUUCAGACAAGCUUCGCCAGAAGCACCGAUGCAUUUCGAGCUGCUGAGAUACGAUGAGGUGCCACUUGAACAGACCAUCAAGAAAAGAGUCAUGCACAUGAUUCUGCACAACAAGACCACGCCCGAGGAACUAUCGGAAGUCAACGUUAUCCUAGGGGAGGUCUUCGCAGAUGCUGCCAAGGCAUUCUGCGUCAAGCACAAUGUGGCAAUCGACUCGAUAGACGCAAUCGGGUCCCAUGGGCAGACAAUCUGGCUCGUUAGCAUGCCCGAGAAAGAUCAAGUGAGGUCAGCCCUCACGAUGGCAGAGGGGUCUUUCAUAGCCUCCCGCACGGGUAUCACGACGGUGACGGACUUCAGGGUAUCUGAUCAAGCAGCAGGCCGACAAGGCGCGCCCCUGAUUGCUUUUUUCGACUCACUGCUCCUGCACCAUCCUACCAAGCUCCGCGCGUGUCAGAACAUCGGCGGUAUCGCCAACGUCUGCUUCAUUCCGCCGGACACCGACGGAGUGCUGAACCCUGCAUUCUUCGACUUCGACACGGGGCCCGGGAACGUCUUCAUCGACGCCGCGGUACGGUAUUUCACCAACGGCGAGCGCGAGUACGAUGAAGACGGCGCCAUGGGGCGCGCAGGUACCGUUGAUCAGGAGAUGGUCGACGAGUUCCUACGGUCAUUUCCGUAUUUCGCUCUCGACCCGCCGAAGACGACAGGCCGGGAGGUUUUCCGCGACACGGUGGCGCACGAUCUGAUCGAAAAGGGUCUCAAAAAGGGACUGUCACCGAAUGACAUCGUCGCCACAAUAACACGCGUCACAGCACAGGCCAUCGUCAAGCACUACCACCGCUAUAUGCCGACGGAGUACGGCCCGCUGGCCGAGAUAUACAUGUGCGGUGGUGGGGCCAAAAAUCCCAAUAUUGUGGCCUAUAUGCAAGCCGCGUUCCCGGAGACGCGCAUCAUCAUGUUGGACGAGGCCGGGAUCCCCGCGGACGCGAAGGAGGCCGUCACGUUCGCGUGGCAGGGUAUGGAGGCCAUUGUAGGGCGGAGCGUCCCUGUGCCCGAUCGUGUUGAGACGAGGGCUGAGUACAUCCUGGGUAAGAUCAGCCCCGGCCGGAACUAUCGCCAGGCCAUGAGGAAGGGGGCGGAUUUUGGCAGCGGUGCAGAGCGGUUGCCGCCUGUGAGUGAGUUGGUCAAUUACGUUGAUGGAAAGGUGUUUGAAAACAAGAUUUGAGUGAUAUUUAUGUUUUGUAUAUAGUACUUGAUCAUUUGGGUAGGGGCCAUCCUGCUACAUAUUUUGUUUCUUGACUUGUUCGGUGACAUGCUCUGGAUUGAGCGUUAGGGGCAGAUAAUAGGUAUGUUCUUGGCUCUAAUGAAAUGGCCCUGGCGAAGAUAUUGAUGGCUAGCACUUACACUUGUAAAUAAAUCGUGGGUGAGUGAUGACGAGACUGUUAUUAGGCUGGAAGAAUGACUUUGCGAUAGACCGCCGUGAUCGCGAAGCUCUCUGUUGUUCCUUAACGACUACUACUGUUUCGUCUUAGCAAGGGCUAGCUACAUACCUUCUAUCCGACGCGUUCGGCGCGUACGGUC